AUGUCUGUAUUGCAUCCGGACAACCCGACCACGUCGUUUGGCCGAUUGCCCGACUUUGCAAAUGAAUCUCACGUCCCACAGCGGGUGGAGCCAUGGCUCAUCAGCGACGAAACCGCGCUCAGCGACGAUCUCACACUCAUUGACUCGAUCUUGGGUAAGGAAAAGAAAGGACACGCUCUCAAAGUGCCUAGGGUCUCAUCUCUAGACGUUUUGCGGCGUACGUCGACAUUUUAUACGAUAAAAGAUUUCUUGGAACAUUUUAUCGUAUACAAGUCGCCUUAACAAAAAAUUGAAAUUUAACGCCAAUAUUUACUUAGAUAACUCUUAUUUAUGUCAUUUAAAAAAUGACAGUGUUUUUCAAGACAUUUUAUACGAUGAAAACAGUUCAAGAUUGUUUGGACAGAUUUUAUCGUAUAACAUGGUAAAGUCGUUACUUUUGUGAUUUUAAAAGGCCGUUUUCUACAACCCUUUAAAAUAGCAUGACUAAGCCAUUAUUUUUAGGUCUAGGUUCCCUCGGUGAGCCGACAUUUGUCGACCAAACCAGCGACAAUCUCUCAACCCCUUCCAAUAUUUUCCUCGGCGGUCGUUCCCAUCAACAGCUCCGUCAUUUAUGCAAACAAGUCCUCGUACAGCGACUCCCCUUUGUCGGGUUUGAAUUUCGCUACUGGGAUUUGGCGAUUCUGGUGCCGAAUCUGUUGUUUUUACUGUUUUUGCUGAUGAAAUGCGGGAACAUGCGCAGAAAGUUGAGACAUACAAGUUCGCCGCUAUUUCGGGGGUUUUUCUUCUUGGUAAGUGUUGAAAAAUUUUGCUAUGGUCAAAUGCGACCUUACCUAUCGUGUUUUGAGACAAUUUCUAAUCAAUUUUAUGAGUUAGGUAGAACCUUUACCAUUUUAUACGAUUAAAUAUUUCCGGUUGAUUAAGUACAUGUUUCAUCGUAUAAUAUGGAAAUUAUAAAAUCCAGGAAGUCAAAUUACUUCGAAGUCCUGUUUACGAAAAUUGUAUCGCAAGGUGACACGUUAUACGCUGAAAACUGCUCAAAACGUGUUAAAACACAUUUCAUCGUAUAAACCGUCCCAAUCCCAAAAUAUACUAAAAUCUCAAUUUCAGGUGUAUGCGACAACAAUUCUGAACAUAACUCGAUGUGGAACUUCGAUGGCUCUCUCGGUUUCAAACCCAUUUGGAGCUUUUGUUGAUCAAAUUCUCUGGCUGUCCUUGAAAUUCCUCGUUCUAACCGCUGAAUUAUCGGUGUUGGCCUUUGGGCUUCUUCUGGGAUCGUUGGACUCCGCCAGAAAUCUUCGGAGAGCAUUGUUUUUCGUUGUAGUGUUCAGUGGAAUUCAUUCGGCAAUGCAGGCAAUCUUGGAGUUCAAAGUUUGGGAUGACGUAAGUUUUUCCAAAAAUUUCAGCUAAAAAAAUCGGCCUUGAAUAACGAAAAAAACACUUGAGAUUGACCUGCUCAACUGACAGCUUCAUUUCGCAGAUUUUAGGCGGUCAAAGUUUGUUUCAAUUUUUUGAAUUUCAAAAUAACCGCCAUAAUUGGCAUUCUGUUAAAGCUCUCAAAAAUACGCCCAAAGCAAUGAAAAAGCGAUUACAGCACUUCCUUUUUCACCUGAUCAACUGACAUCUUCAUUUUGGACAUUUUAGGCUGUCAAAUUUCCUUUCAAUUUUUUGAAUUUCAAAAUUCCUGCCAUAAUUGGCAUUCUGUCAAAGCUCUCAAAAGUGUACCCAAACCAAUGAAAAAUCGAUUACAGCACUUCCUGAUCGAGUCCUUCCGAAUCUACGCGCAUGGCGGUAUGGGAUUCUGGAUGAUUUCCUCCGGAUUUUUCGCCAUGUUGUACGCCCUGGCCUGCUGUUUCCCGCUGAUCUGUUGUCGGCGCGUUUGUGCGCCCCGAAGAUGCUCUUUCCAUUCGUAUUGCAUGCUCAUGGCCACGCUGAACAUUGUGCAGUCGUUUGGCUCGGUGUUGAUCAUGUUGGAUUGCCCGGAUGGGAUGUGUUUGGCGGAUGCGACCAGCUUCUUGUACUUCACCUUCUACACCCCGUUGGUCUACUUUGUCUUCUUGCGGCGGUCCAUGAAGUAAGUUAAUGGUGACAAAAACGAGUUUCAAGUUUCGUAUGCCAUUUGAUGAGUCGUAUGAAUGCUUAUUUUACAAUUUUCAGUUCGAAGAGUUUCCCGUAUCGACAACAUAAGAAUGCGCCCAAUACCGAUGUCUAUCAACCCCGGUUUUCUGGUAAGUUUUCGUCUAGAAAAGAAAGCGAAAGACAGAUAAAGUACCACUAGAUCAAUUAAGCUUCCUUAAAAAGCCUAGUGAUAGUGUAUCAAUAUUUUCAGGACUGAUCUCUCCAUCCUACGACGACUUCUUCGACUACGACCGCAUCAUGCAGCAGGACAGCACGCAUCUCCAAAACAUUCUCCACCUCAACUACGACUUCUACCAUGCAGCGCAGGAUUUUCGGGACCCUUUCGGAACCGAGAUCCCUCUCAUGUCAAGCCGAACGCCUGAUUCCACAAUCACCACGCAUAUGGAUUCUGAUGGAAAUAUUGAACUGGGCGACAACUCAACCAGCUCCGAAAGCCGUCCCAUUAUUCGCCCACCAACGUUGCACAAGCACAAACAACUCAAGUAAGACUCACUCUCAUGUCUUUUUCCUUCAAAUUGCAUACGAUGAAACAUUUCUGACAAGUCUGAUUGUUAUACGAUCAAACAUGUUUCGUCGUAUAAAAUGUCUCUUUUCGCAAAUUUACACUAAUUUAGAUAUUUUUAGACUUGGAUCGGAUGGACGAUGGAGUUUCGACACUUCGGAUCAAUCGCCAGACUACUUUUCCCGCCGACGCUGGUACUAA